GCUAGACUGUAUUAACCGCGCCAAGAAAUAUUCAAUUGAAAGCUACUAAGUAAGGCACCAGAGGCUGUCGAUACGCGACGCGUCGACUCGAGGACGCGAUAGCCAGCCCAACAAUGGUGGUGACGCUCAAUGAGCGUCUGCCUUGUCGAACUUCACAGAUACGACAGUUGAAAAAUCUCUUCUCAGUACUAUACACCUCUGUUAGGCGGAAUGUAUUACUAACCAUAGUUCAGCCAUCAUACCCAGCUCCGUCGGUCCUCGUAGCCUACGGAUUAGAAUGCACAGGGAAAACGUCUGUUGUAAAAGGUGCUCUCGAGGAUGGCCAAACGCCCCAUGCCUUCAUUGUUUCGCGAGAAUGUAUAACUGGUCGUCAUAUGCUAGAGCAGACCGUAACUGCCUGCAUUUAUGCCGUUGAAGCUACAACACAUACCAAGAUCGAUCGGGCGCUGUACAGUCGAUGCGAGAACAUAAGCGCGCUGGUUGUCCAUCUACAGCAGUUAUUGCAGAAUGUACCUCACAUGACACUUGUCUUUGACGGGGUAGACAAGCAAAGGGAAUCACCGCCCACAUUGCUACCUGCUUUGUCAAGGAUGACAGAGUUCGUUCCGAAGCUCAGCGUCAUCUUCAUCGUGAGCGUUCCGAAACCUCGAUUUCUCCACACCGUCGGAAUACCGCAUGUUCAUUUCCCGCCCUAUACAAAGGAUGAGACAAUACGUAUCCUUUCGAAUCGGGAUAGCGGCGAUCUGCUAGAAUUCUCGGAGGAAAGAUCCCACAAAUGUAGUAGCGAAGACGUUUUGACAUUAUGGACACGGUUUUUGACGGUUCUUUGGGACUCGCUAGGUAAAGGAGCUGCAAGAGACUUGGGCAGUUUCACUGUUCUCGCAGAAAAGCUAUGGAAACCUUUUACAGAGCCAGUGUUGGAUGGCACCUAUGGGCCAAGGGAUUUUUCUAGAAUCAUGGUCUCCCGCCGAGGCCUGUUUCAAAACGAAGACAUUCUCAUUGACAGCAUCAUUCCAAAAGCAACAGAAGAAAGAUCAACGGUUACCUCCAAAUUAUCGCACGCACUGCCCUAUUACUCGAAGUAUUUACUAUGCGCCGCCUACCUAGCGUCUUUUAAUCCUGCACGAUCGGACGCUAUACAUUUCAUGAAAAGCACAGAUAAACGACGAAGAAAGAAAGGCGGUGCUACAUCGGGACGGAUUGCGAAGAACCGAAAAAUCGCACGACAUCUACUUUCGCCCUCACUUUUUGCUCUCGAUCGGUUGCUCGCUAUCUUACACUCCAUCAUACCACAUACUAUCCCUCAAACCGCAGAUAUAUAUACACAGGUCGCGACCCUUGCUUCACUCAGGCUUUUAUUGCGCUCAGGGGCGUCUAGCGGUGACGUUCUCGACCCGGCGUGUAAAUGGCGGGUCAACUUUGGGCUGGACUAUGUCAUGACUCUGGGGCGUACAGUAGGUUUUGAGCUGUCUGAUUAUCUUGCAAGCGCAGAUUGAAGUCAGUUACGGCACCCGACUUGGUCACCCCUGGAUUGAGACGGACAGCCCGGCCAUGACUUCCUUCCCAGAUGGUCAUUGCACGUAUGGCCUGCUUGGAACCACGAUAUGAUCGCCUCGAUGAACACUUGUGGACUACCGUCCAUGGCUAUGUAUCUCCGGACUGGACUUUUGGCCUCCAAGAGGCGCUUAGCUUGUCCUCGCGUCGCUGUACCGUUCACUA